AUGAUCAAGUCGCUGGUCGCGUCCUGCGUAGCACUCGCAGCUCUCGUCUCUCAUGGCGCCACGGCUGUCCACCCCAUUGCCCAGCAAACCGCUCAAACGGAGGGUGAACUCGCCGACCGCCAGCGAUUCUUGAACCACAGCCAGCGCCUUCUGGCUGCCUGCUCCAACUCGGAAGCUGGCAGAAAGCUGCGAGAGCAGAGCAAUCUACGCAUCGCAGCGAAGCUGCAGGAGCUGCGAGCCACCCGACGUCGACUGGACGCUGCGACGGUAUUGGCGACGGCCCACAAGACCAACUUCACCGAUGUCAUUGUGAGCACGUACCUAGAGUAUCUGUUCGGAGAGGAUGACAGUGUCAACUGUGUGCUGGCUCCGGAGGCCACCCAGACCAGCUUCUACAGUCUUUUGACGGAGCUGCAGUUCAUCGACGUCAACACGUGCACGCCAGUGUCCGACCUGUGGAUCGACUUCUGGCACACCAACGCAGCGGGAGUGUACUCUGGCGUUGUUGGGUCGGCAGCUGGGGAGAGGUCGAACGCGUCGAAUGCGGAUGCUACCUUCUUGCGGGGGCUCGUCCAGACAGAUUCGUACGGACUGGCAGGCUUCACCAGCAUUUUUCCGGGUCACUACGAAGGCCGAGCCCCACACAUCGACAUCGUCGCCACCUACGGCGGCACGUACCAAAACAACAAUACGUACGCUGGAGGCUCCACUAUUCAUGCAGGUGAGCUCCUCUUCGACCAAGAUCUGGUCUCGGAGGUGGAGGAGACGUCGGCUUAUGCCAGCAACAACCAGAACUUGACGCUGAACGAAGUCGAUGAGGGUCUCGCUGAGGCGGCAGCUUCAGGGUACGACCCUGUCGUGGAGUACGCUUUGCUCGGCGAUACACUGGAGGCCGGCGUCUUCGCGUGGAUUUCGAUCGGGGUCGACUUGACGGCGAGCAACAACGUGACAGCUGCGGGCGCACUGACUGCUGAUGGCGGCGUUGAAUAUCGUUAG